AUGUUUGAAGGACUGGUUCAUCAGUUGCUUCUGGGUUACCUGGGCCGAUAUUUCAAAGAUAUCCAGAAAGAGCAGCUGAAGAUCAGGCUCGAGGAAGUACUAUUGGAGAAUGUGGAGCUGAUACUUGAUGCAUUUGAUUAUCUCCAGCUUCCAUUUGCACUAAAACAAGGCCGAGUUGGGAAGUUAAGCAUAAAAAUUCCAUGGAAAAAGCCUUGGGAUCCCAUUAUAAUCAUAUUAGAGGAUGUCUUUAUUUCUGCAUCACAGCGAGGUGAUCAAGAGUGGAGUGCUGAUGCUGUUGAAAAAAGAGAAUUUGCUGGAAAAAAGGCCAAGCUAGCAGCAGCAGAGUUGGGAAAAUUAUCCAGACGAGUGGCAGACCUUGGUGCAACAGUAAGGUUGCUGCCUUGUGACCUUACUCAUGGUUCACGGGUUCAAGCCCAGGAAACAGCUUUUCUGCUUCUUGGGCUCCAGUCUAUUCCUUCUCUCGUUAACAGCUGGGGAGGAUUGAGUAGUGAUCAAUCCAUAUGUAGUCAAGCCGGGCAAUCAUUUAUUUCUCAUGUCACUACAAAGGUGUCUAGAACCAAGCUCCUGCCGGAGUGGCUUGACCAGUCAAACCAGUUCACAACUGGUGGAGAUCGGAAGACUGGUGUAGAAAGCUGGUUUAAACUGCCAGCUGUGCACCCUCAACAGUUGGCAAUGAUGAAGGGAGCAUCAGCAAUGGGAGUUUUGGUGUCAUUGAUGGGAGCAAUAUGGUCUUCAAAUGGUGGGAUGAGAGUGGGCCAAGGACAUAAAAUUGUAGAAGUCAAGGGACUGGAGUUUUAUUCCAGAUUGUUUCAUGGUUCAAUGGACUUGGAUAACAGAUUGCAAAAGGUUGAUGACAAUACUCCUCAGUAUUCUGUCACUGCUGAAUUGAGUGGUGUGGUUAUAUCCUUAGAUGAGAUAUUUUGGUGGCACUAUGCACAACAAUCAGUUCUUUCUGAUGUUCGUAGGAAAUUGAAGAAAACAUCAUGGAGAUACUUUGGGGAUCGAUUGUAA